AUGAUUGGCAUGGAGGACAUGGGCCUCAUAUUCGAGGUCACGGACGCGAUGGGCAUUGACAGGGAGAGCAUCUCGGUCCCUCUUGGAAAAGAGGACCCAGGCGCCGUGCGUUUGCUUUCCAACGGGGAAAUCGAAAUCGUUGUGCCUGAGUCGACGUCUACGGAGGAGUGGGUCGCAACGCUCAGGGUGGAGCUGGAGAAGCUGGGCUUCGAAAUGGAGGAGUGA